GCGUGGCCCUGCGGGGAAAGAAGUACCGUAGCGAGCGCCCAGGCACCCGCCACCCGGCCAAGCUCCCCUGCACCGCCUCCCGUCCCAGGGUCCCCGCCCCGCCCCGUCCUCUCCACCCGGCGCAGGCGGGGCUUCAGGCGGGAAGGGGCUGGGCUGAGCUGCGAGGGGCUGCCGCGUUGGGCCCAUGGAGGCGGCGCGGACGCUGUUUGCUUGGGGUGCAAACAGCUAUGGGCAGCUCGGCCUUGGUCAUAAAGAGGAUGUGCUGUUGCCUCAGUCUCUGAAAGAUUUUUCCUGCAAACAUCAAAACAUUAAGAGCAUUGCUGGAGGAGGAGGACACUCUGCAGUUAUUACUGGUGCAGGAGAACUCUUUGUAUGUGGCCAAAACAAAGAAGGACAGUUGGGACUCAAUCACACUGAGGAUGUCCUGUGUUUUACUUCAUGCACUGCACUGUCUAGUGUUUGUGUGAUACAAGUGGCCUGUGGUUGGGAUUUUACAAUCAUACUUGCUGGAAAUGGCCAAGUUUUAUCCUGUGGGUCUAACUCUUUUGGACAACUAGGAGUCCCUCAAACUUCAGGAGGAUGUUUGAUCCCACAAAAGAUUGAGUCCCUCACAGAGAAGGUGGUGAAUGUUGCUGCGGGACUCAGACAUGCUCUUGCUGCUACAGAAAGUGGCAUGGUGUUCCAGUGGGGAACAGGCAUGGCUUCUCGGGCAAACCGGGCAAGCCAAGGGAAAAUGAUCCCAUCCUUCUUGACCGCAAAAGAACCUUGUAAAGUAACAGGUCUGGAAGAUGUAAAGGUGAAAAAAGUCACUGCCAGCUCCUACCAUUCAGUGUCACUUACAGAUGAAGGAGAAUUGUGUGUUUGGGGUAGCAACAAACAUGGGCAGCUAGUGAGUAAAGAGACUUUUCUUGUUGAGCCCCAGAAAAUAGAUGCUCAUUUUUUCUCGGGUGAAAAGAUUGGAGCGGUCUGGAGUGGAUGGACACACGUAGUGGCACAAACAGAAACUGGCAAGGUCUUCACGUGGGGUAGAGCAGACUAUGGGCAACUCGGAAGGAGUGCAGUGGUUCACGAUGGACAAAGACAGGAGGUGCAGAGAUCAUCUGAGCAGCAUUUGGAGCAGUUGUCUAAUGUGCCAGUUUCAGUGCCUUGCCUCUCUGGAGCAUCUCAGAUUGCAUGUGGCUCAGAGCAUAAUCUGGCAGUAGUUGGACCAGAAAUAAUCAGACCCUGGAUUUCUACUGACUUCACAGGAUACCUGCUGAUGUGCACUGGGACUGAACCCUCAUGAUGUUCACCCAAUAGGACCUGUGCCUAUGUCCCUCUUCCAUGCUGAUGGAACAAUGAGAAGAACAGACAAAGCUGAAUUAGGGCACCAGCUGGAAGCUCAAGCUGAAAGAAUCCAUGAACUAAGAGCAUGUAACAAAGAAACCACAGUGUACAUCAAAGAUUCCCUGACUGUCAUACAAAUGGUGUCUGGGGACAAAUUCCACACAUUUGAUUAACUGGCUGCUGAGUAUUUGAGAAAGGUCCUAAAAAGAUUUGACAAAACGAAGUCUGUAAUCAAAGACUUUGACAGAUAUGACAACCGUAACCCUGUGAAAACUGCAGAAAGACAGAAGCAGACAGGAUGUAAGGCUGGAUGCAAGAAACGCCAGGUGAUUGGAGGACACCAUCUGCCUCCAGGGAAAAAAUUUCUAACCGUGGCAUCCAGCUAGCAAUUACUUGCAAAUUUCUCUGUGAAUAUAUGGUUCAAAAUGCACCUGACCAUGUAGGAGCACACCCAACACAAACACUCCUCCUUACAGGAGGCUUUUCCAGUGGUGAAGUACAAAGUCCAUCACCAGUAGAGAUGCUGAAGAAGCCCAAGACUUCUACAGUACUCAAGAGGGAGUGGACACAAGGAUGCUUCUGCAUGGUGUAUGUGCCAGUAUGACUUUUGGGUCUCUUGGUGUUAAAGGAACCAUAGUGAUUAUGUCACCUGAUACAGAUGUUUAGGUCCUUGCUGUUCACUAGAUAAUGUGUAUUGAAACAGGCACCAUUACCAGCACAACUGGUCGCUGCAUACCUGCGCAUGCAAUUUGUAAUGCACUCACUGCUGACUUCUGCAACAUAUGCCAUGUUGUACACACAUUAACAGGGUGUGACUCUGUGUCAUCCAUAUUUAGUAUGGGGAAUAAAAUCAGUUUUAAUGUUGUCAAAACAGAGGGAGCUUACCACCUCAGAUAUCUUGCCAAAUUGGGAGAGAGUGAUGGAUAAGCCACAAUUUCUGCUGCAAGGAAGUUGGUAGUGGUGCUAUAUGACUAGAGCAAGAAAGAGAAGGACCUGAAUUGCUUGUGCCUCAAUCUGGCCAUCAAAAAGGACAAGUCAUUGGCCAAACUCCCACAUGGGACAGUUUUGAAGAGCAUGUCAAAAGAGUAUCUUGGCAAAGAUCUCGAUAUCUUUGCACAUGGGUGGCCCAGACGUUGGAUAUCAUGGCAACAUGGAUGGAAAAAUGAGGAUGAUGAACUACUUUCUGUGUUCUUCAAGGGCCCAGUGGCGUUUGAGCUUCUACAAAACCUUAUUUAUACCUCUACCAGUAGGGGUCAUUGCACAAUCAACUAUGUUUGUAGUCAGAACAAGCUUCCCUGCACAGAACUGUGUACAUGCCAAGGCAAUGAAGACUGUGGUAACAUACACGCCCAACAGAGAUCAUAAUGAUGAACAAGAUGAUUAUAAUGAUGUUGACUAGAAAUGUCUCCUGUGCUAUUACAUUUCAGUGAUACCUGUACAAAUUUAUUUUGAUUUUGUUUUUUCCUUUUGAUGGUUGUUGUGAUGCUUUGAGGUCACA